AUGAUGGAGAGGGAAACGGUGGCAAAAAUGGCGGCGUCCGCGGAUGGCCAGACAAAAUACGGGCAGUCGGUGAAGGGACUGCUCACCGAGAAGGUCAGCACAUGCGGGGCUGACGUCAUCGCCCUCACCAAACAGGUGCUGAAAGGAUCGCGGAGUUCCGAGUUUCUUGGCCAUGCUGCCAGAAAUAUGGUGAUGCAAGAAGAUGCCAUUUUACAUUCGGAAGAUGUAAGUAAAUACAAUCACACAAUAUGCUGA